UAAACAGAAAAUAGUACGGUUAUUGAUAUAUAAACAUUUAAUUUUAUGAAAAAGUGAGUGAAUAACAGAACAGUUAUGGGUAAAAUUUGUGUUGUGAAAAGUUGUCCAAGUGGACGUAAAUCCCAAAACAAAAAAAAUAGUUCACCUCAGCCUCUUUCGUAUUUCCAACCAACAACACCGGCAAGAUUACAAAAUUGGAAAAUUUCGCUGGGUAUUGAAUUAAAAGCUACUGAUUACAUCUGUCAUCUCCAUUUUAAAGAGGAGCAAAUAAAAAUGUACGAGAAACUGUACAUAAAAGGAGAGCUCAUAAUGAUGCCUUUAGGAAAAAAAAUACUAAAAGAAGAAGCUUUACCAACGAUCCAGCAUCAGUUUAUUCCGGUAUUUGAACAUGAGUUUUUAACAAGUACUGUAGAUGAACUGAAAAUACCAAGCUUACAUUCGAAUAACAAUGGAGACGAAGAGCUAUUUCUAGUGCAAGAAAAUAACAUCGAGCCCCAGACAAUAUUAGUAAAUGAUGUUCCUGAUCUAAUAGAUGAUGGUGUUCAAAGGGAGCAAGACUUGAUAGAACCACCUUCCAGUCAACACGCCUGUAAGGAUUCAAAGAAUCUACAAGAAAUCGAAGCUCCAAAAUUGCCACCGUUUUGGUUGUAUAUACCCAAGCCCAACGGAUUUGUAUUUAUGCGAAUGGAUCCAACAACUCAGCAGAUCAAAAUUCGGUUACGCUUAAACAAGGAUACAUCUAUUACUGUUCUUUUUCCUAACAAUGACGAACUGCCUCUAAACGAAAAAAUUAAUUCAUUAAGUUGUAUCUAUGACUACUUGAAAUCAGUGGAAAGAUGGCCUUUAUGUGUUGGUACUCAGAUUGACAGUAUAAAGUAUUCAAAACUUUGUAAAAAUGUGAUUGUUGGUGAUGACACUUAUAAAAGGAACCAAGCUAAUCCAAGAUGUAAACCUUGUCGAAUAUUACGGAAUCGAUUGCAGAGUCGAAAUUCGACUUCAAUUAAUUUGGAAACAACAAUUGCUAAAAAAAGACGUGCUUCAAAUCUAGUUAGGCAAUGCAAACGUUUAAAAAAAAUGAUAGAGGGCCAAGAAGAUGACAAAUAUUUAUUCAUCAGACAAGAUUAUAUGUGCAAUGAUGGUGAAAUGAGUAAAGCAGACUUUAUUGAAGAAGAUCAUAAUUGUUUGAGAAGUGAUGAACACCAGAAAUUUGGGAAUUAUGUGGCCAAUAAAUUAAGUUCUAUGCAUUAUGAGAAUAAUAUACACGAAUUAAAGAAGUUGAUCAAACAACAUAUAGUCCAAUGGAAGGAGAAAGAUGACAAAGAAUACUAUUCAAUUUGAAAAUAUGAUUCUUAUACAGCAACCUAAUACUGUCAUGUGAACAGUUAGAAAUACUUUAUUUGUAUGUACAGUACAAUCUCACUAAUCCGGCACUAUUAAAAACCGGAGGGUGCCGGAUUAUUGGAAUGUUCGGAUUACUGGAUUAUACUGAAAAAAUCAUAGGUAAUAAAUAAAAUAAAGCAUUUCAUAGAGAGAAUAAAUGUAUAUAAUGUAUUAAAUUAACAUGUAGGUAGAUAUGUAAUUAACUAGUUUUGAAAUAAUCCUUAAUUGAGGUCUGACUGAGGUUAGACUGCUAGUCGACGACGCAGCGACCAAGCGCACAGGUAUAGAGGGGUGAGGGAGGCGUGGGCGGAGGGUGCCGGAUUAUUGGACGUGCCGAUCUAUCGAAGUGCCGGAUUAGUGAGAUUGUACUGUAUAUGUAUAUAUUGUAUGUUUACAUUUAUAUGUAUAUUGUUUGUAAAUAUUCUUUCAAUUCAAUUUUGGGCUUAUGGCUUGUGUUUACUAGCAAAUGCAUAUAGUGGGUACUUGUUACUUUGCCAAUUCAUAGUAAUUUUAGGAAUGAAGUUCUUUAUAAUUUUAUAAUCUUCCUUCACUGAGUAAAUAAAUAUAUAUUUUUUAAAUUGCACACAUACUGGAUUUUGAUAUGGCUAAUUUUACACAUAAACAGAGUUCAGAAACACAUAUAUUAUAUAACUUUUCAAUGUUAAUUUAAAAAAUUUUAAGUUUUUUUUAAAUCGUUGAAUAAAUAAAUAUACUACGACAAUACAUACAAAACGCCAUCUAAUCCCAAAGUAAGCGUAGCUAGUAUAAUGGAAUAUGGAUUACUUCUAAGAUGACUGAUGAAUAUUUUAAUGAAUAAUAUAAAUAAAUACUCACAUUUUCUAGUUGUGGGAAUUGAACCCACAGCCUUGGAACCAGAAAGCAGGGUCGCUGCCCACUGCGCCAAUCGGUUGUUAAAGUUAUUAGAUAGUACACUAAUCAAAAAAUAUAAAAUCCUACAAGUUUUAUAACGAUUGUUUAAAUGCAUGUUUUAUUUACCAACUUUGAAGAAUAAUAAAGAUACCUGGGGUCCUUUAUCAGAACACAGUGUGUGCAUUUACUAUGUAUUAAAGUGGUAUUUGGGUUACCAUGAGUCUUGCAUUAUUUCGAUCAUAUUCAAAAAAUGUACAGGCUUUUAAAUAUUAAACUUAUGUUA